AUGCGUCUAUCGAAUACCACGAUCACCGUUAUCGUAGCCGGCGUCGGCGCCGCUAUUGCCUCUCUCAACACAGGGGCGGAGCAGAGAGAGGAGGCGGUGGUGGGCGUGAGGGAGCGGCAGCAGCGGCGACUGGACGAGGAGGCGAAGGCUGCAGCUGUGGAGAGGGUGAGUGGCGCGAGGGGAGGGGAGGGAGGUGGGAGGGGGGAGUUAGGGCAAAAGAAGGGAGCGCACGGGAAGGAGAACGAAGUGAGGCAGCAGCGGCGACUGGACGAGGAGGCGAAGGCUGCUGCCGAGGGAGAGAGGCCUGGUGCAACCGUGCAGGCACAGCAGCAAGAGAGUGAUCCACAGCAGCAAGAGAGUGAUCCACAGCAGCAAGAGAGUGAUCCACAGCAGCAAGAGAGUGAUCCACAGCAGCAAGAGAGUGAUCCACAGCAGCAAGAGAGUGAUCCACAGCAGCAAGAGAGUGAUCCACAGCAGCAAGAGAGUGAUCCACAGCAGCAAGAGAGUGAUCCACAGCAGCAAGAGAGUGCAUUUGCUCAAUCCGAACCCUCAUUCCCCCAAUCAACGCCACAGGCGCGUGUGCAGGCACAGCAGCGGGAGGAGGCGCGGCAAGCAGCGGUGGCAGCAUUAGAGGCCAGCCGAGGCCGCUCACUGCGAUCCGCAGGGCCUGGAGAGGAGGGAGGGGGAGAGGACGAGGAUGGGGAAGAGGGGGAAGAAAGGGUUGGAGGGGAAAGAGGGGAAGGUGGGGAGAUGAGGGGUGGCGUGAUGGGAGGGCGAGUGGGUGUGGAGGGUGGAGGGUGGAGGUCAGCUGCAUCGCUGGAAACAGAGAAGGAGAGGAAGAGGCAGGAACGCAGGGAGCACUACAGACGAUUGUUGCCGCCCGAGCCGGGAGCUGACGUGGCGAGUGAGGAGAGGGCGGUGGUGGCGGUGCGGCUGCCAUGUGGCACGGUGUGCAGGCGGGAGUGGCGGAGAGCAGACACGGUGGGAGACAUCUACAACUGGCUCCACACGCUCCCCCAAGAGGGCCUCCUCCCCUUCCCCCUCUCCCGCGCCUCUCUAGCCACCACCUUCCCUCGCCGCCUGCUACCCCUCGCCUCCUCUGCCUCCGUCUCCCUGGAGCAGGCAGACCUGUGCCCGCGAGCAGUGCUGGUGGUGGAAGAGGAGGUUAAUGAGAAUGAGGGUCAGGGGGUGGGGGAAUGA